AUUUUGAAAAUGAGCCAAGAAAAAAUUGAAAUAUUUGAAAGUGAGUUGUCAGAAGAAAGGAGAAAGCAAUUGGUAUCUGAUUUUACUGCUAUACAGAAGGCUUUGAAAGUUGAAAGUGAGGGAUUGCAAAAAUCAAAGUCAGAACUUAUAUACCUUUACAAUGAAAUUCAAAGUAUUCCAGGGGCGUCAGAAAAUGGAGACUAUUUUUUAGUAAAAUAUAACCAGCUACAAAGAGAGAACUCUGAAUUAGAAACAAAGAUCUUGAAGCUUUCACAAGAAUUUGAACAAUUAAAUCAUUUUACUGUAGGGAGAAAUACUACACCUGCUAAUUUAAUUGCAAGUGAAAAUAUCUGUAAAGAUCUUGCGUCUAAACUAACAAUUUUGGAAGCAGAGAUUCAAAGCCCAAAGGAAGAGAAAGAGGAACUCUGUCCUGAACAAGGAGAAAGUAAGCAGAAGGAAAAUGUAGAGGAGUCAGUAAAGGAGGGCACUUUGCCAGGAGAGAGGCAGAAGGAGGAGGACUCACAACAGAACCAAAAUAUGGAGGGUGAAGGACAGCAGUUGAUCUUGAAGCCUGAGGAAAUCGAGAGGCUUAGAGAAGAGCUGAAUCGUAUAAAUCAAAGCCUCCUGCAAUCUCAGAGCUCGGGGGAUAGUUCAGAGGACAAUAGUGCCAAGUGUCCAUCAUCUGGAGAGAAGGUGAAAUACCAGCAGCAAGAUGGUGUAGACCAGCUUCGUCAGAAUUUGCACCGGCUCCAGAUUCUGUGUAACUCGGCUGAGAAAGAGCUCCGGUAUGAGCGAGGAAAGAACUUGGACUUGAAACAGCAUAAUAGCUUACUUCAGGAAGAAAGCCUUAAGAUCAAAAUUGAACUAAAGCAGGCCCAGCAGAAGUUAUUAGAUAGCACAAAGAUGUGCUCUUCACUCACAGCAGAAUGGAAUCACAGUCAGCAGAAAAUCAGGGAACUGGAGCUGGAGGGACUUACACAGGCUCAGACCAUCAAAUCCCAGAACGACCUGCAGGAAAAGCUGGCUCAGGAGAAAUCAAAAGUUGCUGAUGCGGAGGCAAAGAUCCUGGAUCUGCAGCAGAAAUUAGAACAUGCUCAAAAAGUCUGUCUCUCCGACACUUGUAUUUUGAGGAUGAAGCAACUAGAGCAAAGAAUACAAGCAGCGUUGGAAAAUGAAGCUAAAACAAAGCAGCAAUAUCAGGAAGAACAGCACAAGAGGAAACUCCUGGGUCAGAAUUUAAAAGAGUUACAAAAGCAAGUGAGAAUCUUACAAGAUAAAGGGAACCAACUGGAAAUAACCAAUUCUCAGCAGCAAUCCAGAAUUCAGCAACAGGAGGCCCAACUCAAACAACUGGAAGAGGAAAAAAGAAAAUCGGAAGAGCAUCUCAAAAGCAACCGAGAAUUAUCAGAAAAGAUAUCUGGGCUGCAGCGGGAGAAAAAAGCGCUCUGUGAAGAAUACGGGCAGUUUCUGAAGCAGCUUGAUGUCCAUGUGAGAAUCUAUAAUGAGAAACAUCACCAUCACAAAGCCAGGCUUCGCAGAGUCAAGGACUGUUUAAGUCACAAAAUAGAACUACGAGAUAAGAGAAUUGAACAACUGGAAAAUGAAAUCAGAGGUCUGCGGCAGCAAAUGGAAAAGAAAAGGGCAUUCCAGGAUGAGAUCAUUGCUCAAAAUAAUAUACUGCUCCUAGAGAAAAGGAAACUUCUGGAACAAGUCACAGAACAAGAAAAAUUGAUCUACAACAAUAAAUUGAUAAUAUCUUCAGUCCAGAACAGAGUACUUCCUCUGGAUAAAGAAAAUAAGCAAUUGCAGGAAACCAGCAUCCGGCUUACACAGCUGGUUGGUAUCUUAGAGCGUAUCACAAGGAGCAUCCAGAACACAAUUUGUGACAUCCCUGAAUUUGAAUUAUUGAAUAAAAUCUUGCCCUUACAAGACUCCAGUUUUUAAGGAACAGGUUUGGUAGAGUCAGGCAGAAGUCUUCAAGAGAUUGCAAAAAUAUACAUCAGAAGCAGCAGUGAUAAAUCCCAAUUUCCUGAGUCUCUUUCGUGUUCACAGAAUUCUGAAGCUGGAUACAUGAACUUGGCUUUUAUGAAAGAGACACAGCACAUCCAAGAACAAGACCAAAAAUCAGAGCCAUAAAAUCACUGGUGGCCAAAACUAGACUGAUAAAGCUGCUAACUUAAAGCAUGAGGGUGGAACAUGACAUGUAAAAGAGUUACCAAGGAUCCCCACUGGACAUCAACGAAGAGUCCUCAUCCUCAGAAUUGCUGAUAAAUUUAUUAAACUAGUUGUAAAAAUGGA